AUGUGUUUGCAGAUGUUUGUGACUUUCAGUCCUCGGAAUUGGCUGCUAUUGCUCGUGGUCCUUGAGUGUGCUAAAGCAUCUUCUGAUUUGAAUGAAUCUGCAAAUUCCACCGUCCAGAAUGCCCCUAAGGCUCUGUUUGCUGCUGCCAGCUCAGAGGGAGAGGAGAGAAUAUCUGUUUUUGAACUGGAUUAUGACUAUGUGCAAAUUCCUUAUGAGGUUACCCUCUGGAUACUUCUAGCAUCUCUUGCAAAAAUAGGUUUCCACCUCUACCACCGGCUGCCACACCUCAUGCCAGAAAGCUGCCUCCUCAUCCUCGUCGGGGCUCUGGUGGGUGGCAUCAUCUUUGGCACCGACCACAAGUCACCUCCAGUCAUGGAUUCGAGCAUCUACUUCCUGUAUCUCCUUCCACCCAUCGUGCUGGAAGGCGGUUAUUUCAUGCCCACCCGACCCUUCUUUGAGAACAUCGGCUCCAUCCUGUGGUGGGCCGUGCUAGGGUCCCUGAUCAACGCCUUUGGCAUUGGCCUCUCCCUCUACCUCAUCUGCCAGAUCAAGGCCUUCGGCCUGGGGGAUGUCAACCUGCUGCAGAACCUGCUGUUCGGCAGCCUGAUCUCGGCCGUGGACCCCGUGGCGGUGCUGGCCGUGUUUGAGGAGGCCCGAGUGAAUGAGCAGCUCUACAUGAUGAUCUUUGGAGAGGCUCUUCUCAACGACGGCAUCAGUGUGGUCUUAUACAAUAUAUUAAUUGCCUUCACGAAGAUGCAUAAAUUUGAAGACAUAGAACCCGUCGACAUUUUGGCUGGAUGUGCUCGAUUCAUUAUUGUGGGGGUCGGAGGAGUAUUGUUUGGCAUCUUUUUUGGAUUUAUUUCUGCAUUUAUCACACGUUUCACUCAGAAUAUCUCUGCAAUUGAACCACUCAUCGUCUUCAUGUUCAGCUACUUGUCUUACUUAGCUGCAGAAACACUCUACCUCUCCGGCAUCCUGGCAAUCACGGCCUGCGCGGUGACAAUGAAAAAGUACGUGGAAGAAAACGUGUCCCAGACAUCCUACACGACCAUCAAAUAUUUCAUGAAGAUGCUGAGCAGCGUCAGUGAGACCUUGAUCUUCAUCUUCAUGGGCGUCUCCACCGUGGGGAAGAACCACGAGUGGAACUGGGCCUUCGUCUGCUUUACCCUGGCCUUCUGCCAGAUCUGGAGAGCCAUCAGCGUGUUUAUUCUCUUCUAUGUCAGUAACCAGUUUCGGACUUUCCCCUUCUCCAUGAAGGACCAGUGCAUAAUUUUCUACAGUGGUGUCCGAGGAGCUGGAAGUUUUUCACUUGCAUUUUUGCUUCCUCUGACUCUUUUUCCUAGGAAGAAAAUGUUUGUCACUGCUACUCUAGUAGUUAUAUACUUUACUGUGUUUAUUCAGGGAAUCACAAUUGGCCCCUUGGUCAGGUACCUGGAUGUUAAAAAAACCAAUAAAAAAGAAUCUAUCAAUGAAGAGCUUCAUAUGCGCCUGAUGGAUCACUUAAAGGCUGGAAUUGAAGAUGUGUGUGGGCACUGGAGCCACUACCAAGUGAGAGACAAGUUCAAGAAGUUUGAUCAUAGAUACUUACGGAAAAUUCUCAUCCGAAAGAAUCUGCCCAAAUCAAGCAUUGUUUCUUUGUACAAGAAGCUGGAAAUGAAACAAGCUAUUGAGAUGGUGGAGACUGGGAUACUGAGCUCUACAGCUUUCUCCGUACCCCAUGAAGCCCAGCGGAUGCAGAGAAUCAAAAGGCUUUCCCCUGAAGAUGUGGAGUCCAUGAAGGACAUUCUGACACACAACAUGUAUCAAGUUCGACAAAGGACACUGUCCUACAACAAAUACAACCUUAAGCCCCGGACAGGUGAGAAGCAGGCUAAGGAGAUUCUCAUCCGCCGUCAGAACACCUUAAGGGAGAGCAUGAGAAAAGGCUACAGCCUGCCCUGGGGAAUACAGGCUGGCACCAAAAACAUCCGCUACCUCUCCUUUCCCUCCAGCCACCCUCAGCCCGCAAGAAGAGAAAUACAGGCUUCUGACUUCAUAGAUGAUGACAGCAGCGAUCCAGGAUCUCUGCCCAUCGUAUUCAGCACACCAUCUCGCAAAGCAUCGCUUCAGGAAAGACAACUGAUACAAGAAAUAAUCCCAAUGAAGAGUGCACACAGAAGAGGGAAGGCAUUCGACUUUGGUCGUCAAAAAAGCACAGGCCAAGAAGAGUAUAUGGGUAGAGGCAAGCAGGUGGCUUUAAGACCUAAACCUCUGUUUCAUGCAGUGGAUGAGGAGUAUGAAUCAGGAGGGGAGAGUGAAGAGGAAGACUCCGCAAUUGGGUCCAGAUGGACAGCUGGCCACAGAUACAGCAGGGACCACCACAAGUCCCACAGUCCUUUGCUCCAAAGAAAAUAA